AUGGGGCAGCAGCAGCAGCAGCAGCAGCGACCAAUGAGCAUGCCGUGCGUGCCCUCCCCUAUGCCGGGCACACUGCCCAGUGGCGGCGGCGGUGGCGGUGGCAGCAAGCAGAGAGCCCCAGGAGCCCCCGUCUCACCCACCAACCCCCUGGCCACCAUCCCUGAGGACGAAGAGCCGGACAAAGACAACGUUCCGUCCGUCCCUCCCGGCAGGCAGGAGAGCGGUUUUGAGCAGCCGGCCUAUUGUAACUUCUCCACCAGCCAGAAGAUUUUGUGGCCUCGCAGCGCCGAGGAACGCCAGAAGAGGAACCACAUCCUGCUUUUCACCAUCUUCAACCCCAUCCUGAAGACGAAGCCCCGUGCGCCGCUAGCACCGCCGAUGUCGCAGUCCGAGACUGAGCCCCCCAACUUAGACCCACCAGACCUCGGUGGUGGUGGUGCUCUCCCGGUGGAGAAUGUGGAGCUCGGCGUCAUUCUGCCGGGUGGUGAGCGUCACGUGUCUCGUUUCCACGGCAGCAAGCCGGUGAUGGACGUGCUGGUCGUGCUUUGCGGCCGCUACCGCUUGAGCCCUGCCGGCCACACCCUGGAGCUUCUCUCGAGGGACGACGCGUCGCCUCUGCGGUACAAGCCCCACACGCCCCUGGGGGCCCUUGGUGCGGGGACGGCGCUAAUCAAACCUCGGCCCGCCAGCGACGACCGACUCAAGAAGCCGACGCAGCCUGUCGUUGUCCCGGAGCAAACGGUGCGGCUGACGGUGAACUACCUGCGAACGCAGAAGACCACAGUUCGGGUUAGCCCAAGUGUGGCCCUGCAAGCACUGCUGCCCGAAAUCUGCAACAAGUGCGGGUUUCACGUGCCCCACACCACGCUGUUCCGGGACGCCGGCGAGACGGAGGCGCUCGACGCGUCGCGCUCGCUGUCUGAGCUCGGUGUCGAGGAGGUGUACGCCGUGGACAGAAGCAAAGAGCUGAGCCAUGGCCUUCACGACAACACCGACCUUCCUGCGAAAAAAAAGAAAGGGCUUUUCAGCUUCCUGUGGCCAAAAAAAAAGAAGACCUCCAUGCCCGGAACACCAUUAAUGGGGCAGCAGCAGCAGCAGCAUCAGCGACCCAUGAGCAUGCCGUGCGUGCCCUCCCCUAUGCCGGGCACACUGCCCAGUGGCGGCGGCGGUGGCGGCGGUGGCGGUGGCAGCAAGCGGAGAGCCCCAGGAGCCCCCGUCUCACCCACCAACUCCCUGGCCACCAUCCCUGAGGACGAAGAGCCGGACAAAGACAACGUUCCGUCCGUCCCUCCCGGCAGGCAGGAGAGCGGUUUUGAGCUGAGCUCUCCAGACCAGCCGCGCCUCGCACCGGAGACCAGAAGAAGCCAGCCGCCCGCUGCACCGUUGGCCGCAUCUUCGACUGAGGCCACCGCCACCGCCGCCGAAUCGACACCGCCAUCGUCGCCACCCCCGAGAUCUGCCCCAGAACAUUCUUCGGCGGCGUUCUCGCAGCCCGGAUCCUCUUCUCCUGUGACGCCGAGCGCGGAGAAUCAGCAUCGAAGGCGGAGCAGCUCCACAGAAACAACUUUGAACGAGGGUGGUGGUGGAAUGGGCAGUGAUUCCAAUGUCGCAAAGCAACAGUGCGUGCCUGAAGCGGCACUCCGUAGGCUUGAACAAGAAACCUCCGCCAAGUCUGAGACACGGAAGACUUCCUGUGGCGCAUCUCAACAAGCCCAGGACUUAGCCGAUAACACGGUGCAAGAAUGUUCAUCCGACCUGGUGCAGGCGGACACUGACGCUGCAGCAACCGCUGAACUAGAUCAGUUGAUUGCUGAACUUGAAAUGGGGCUGAUGGAUGAUGACUUGAGGUCUGAGAGCAGUUCCGCCAGUGUGGAGACUGUAAACAUAAUUAAAGCGGAGGCUGACGUUAAUUUUAUUGCAGAGCCGGUGAGAAAGCCAGAGGCAGCCCUUCCAGAUUCAGCAGCAAUAAAAGCCACCUGCAGACAGCGGCUCCAAUAAUGCCGAUAAAGUAGAUGUAAACAACGAGACAGAGUAUCCUGUUUUAUCAGCAAAUGCCAACGUGGCAACAGAUGUCAAAGGAGGACCUUCAAAAGAAACUGCCAAUGUGGCAACAGAUGUCAAAGGAGGACCUUCAAAAGAAUCUGCCAAUGUGGCAACAGACGUUAAAGGAGGACCUUCAAAAGAAGCUGCCAAUGUGGCAACAGACGUCAAAGGAGGACCUUC